GAGUAGUUAAAAUUUAACCAUUUAACACGGCCGAAGGGAUUAAGACUUUAGGGUUUUGAUUUUUCAUAAAUCACAAUUUCAGUCUUGACUACGCGUCAGCUUCAUUGGCAUAAAAAAUAAAAAUACUUAGCUGUGAGCUUUUGGUUGCAAGAUGACUGGAAGUUCAGGAUAUAGGAACCUUGCACCUAAGACCAAGAAUUUGAUAGUUGCUGGCGGCUUGACAGCAUUUGUAUUUGGGGUUUAUUUCUACACUAUGAGAGCUGUUGGAGGUACAGAUGAACUUCAGGUUGCUAUAGACAAGUAUGAAGGGCAGAAAAGCAAGCAAGAGGCUUAAAGUAGGCACACCUUUGAAGGCUGGACCUUCUUCAGUUCAGUGAUGUAUUUGGAACAAGGAUAAUUUAACUUUGCAAUUUUUGCACUCUUAUCUGUUUAUAGAGUUGAAAAGUGAAGGUUCUCACAUUUCUCUCACCAGCUUUCUGAUAGUGAAGAAAUAACUGCAGAAUGUUCUCAGCAGAUAUUUUUGUGAACAUUUAUCUGUGGGGCAUAUUGGUUUCUGUUUGAACGUGGCUUUGAUCACGUAUUUAGUGAGAAAUAUAAGGAUCUUUCUUAUCAAAAGCAUACAUCAUUUGGAUCAAAAUCUAUGUUUAUUUAGUGAUUGUAUAAUUCGAUAUUUGGAUUCUGAAGACUUUGAAAUUGAAAUUUUAUGCUGAACUUUUCUUCCA